GGGAGACUGAUGCUCCAUGACAGCUAAAAGUUGGAUUGAGUUUCAGUAGCUACUAUAUAUAAAGCUGGGUCGACUUAUGUCACCGCACUAAUUAAAUGCCAUCUGGGUGGCUCCUCUGGGUUUUGGAGUCCAUCACCCAGUUCAGCUCAGCCAGAGGCCAAGGAAGAGAAACCAUGAUGAUGGACCUUUUUGAAACCGGCUCCUACUUCUUCUACUUAGAUGGAGAAAAUGUGACCCUGCAGCCAUUGGAAGUGGCAGAGGGCUCUCCUCUGUACCCAGGGAGUGAUGGUACCCUGUCCCCUUGCCAGGACCAAAUGCCCCAGGAAGCCGGGAGCGACAGCAGUGGAGAGGAACACGUACUGGCUCCCCCAGGCCUGCAGCCUCCCCACUGCCCAGGCCAGUGCCUGAUCUGGGCUUGCAAGACUUGCAAGAGAAAAUCUGCCCCCACCGAUCGACGGAAAGCAGCUACCCUGCGGGAAAGGAGGAGGCUCAAGAAAAUCAACGAGGCCUUUGAAGCACUGAAGCGUCGGACUGUGGCCAACCCUAACCAGAGGCUGCCCAAGGUGGAGAUUCUGCGCAGCGCCAUUAGCUACAUUGAGCGGCUGCAGGACCUGCUGCAUCGCCUGGACCAGCAGGAGAAAAUGCAGGAGCUGGGCGUGGACCCCUACAGCUACAGACCCAAGCAAGAAAUUCUUGAGGGUACAGAUUUCCUGCGCACCUGCAGCCCCCAGUGGCCAAGUGUUUCGGAUCAUUCCAGGGGGCUCGUGAUAACUGCUAAGGAAGGGGGAGCAAACGUGGACGCGUCAGCCUCCAGCAGUCUUCAGUGCCUUUCUUCCAUCGUGGACAGUAUUUCGUCGGAGGAACGCAAACUCCCCAGCGUGGAGGAGGUGGUGGAGAAGUGACUCAGCCAGCAUUUGGGACAUUCUUCACUCGGGAGGACGACCCCUAUUCGUCUAAUCAUUUAGGUUAGGGCUCAUAGAUCCCAGAGUUUAUAAAUGGCAAGAGACACAUUAAAAAGAAAAGCCCUUGCCGCCUCAAGUGAAAGUCUGCCUUUGGGCUUUUAUUAUGAUUACGAUCUUUAUUAUAUUGGAACCGCUAGUGGCUUAGCUCUGGAAUCCUAAUUUUGUUUUU